CUCAAUUCAAGAUGGCGGAGGUUGUGAUCGUGUCGGCCGCGCGCACUCCAGUUGGAUCUUUCAAUGGCAGCCUGUCCAGUUUGGCUGCCCAUGAACUUGGCAGUGUGGUCAUCAGGGAAGCUCUGACCAGGGCCAAAGUCAAUGGAGAGGAUGUGUCAGAGGUCAUCAUGGGGCAAGCUCUCAGUGCAGGUCAGGGCCAGAACCCAGCCCGCCAGGCUAGCAUGGGUGCCUCCCUGCCCCACACUGUCCCAGCCUGGGGAGUGAACAUGCUGUGUGGGUCAGGUCUGAAGGCUGUAGCUGUGGGAGUACAGGCCAUCAGGAGUGGGGACGCUAGUGUGGUGGUCGCAGGGGGGCAGGAGAGUAUGAGCAAGGCCCCACACUGUGUCCACAUGCGGUCAGGAGUGAAGUUUGGAGAUGUCCAUCUUGUAGACACCAUGUUAAACGAUGGAUUGAUGGAUGCUUUUAACAACUACCACAUGGGGAUAACAGCUGAGAAUGUGGCUAAGCAGUGGGGAGUUAGCCGUGAGGAACAGGACAAGUUUGCGCUGGAGUCCCAGCUGAGGACGGAGCAGGCCCAGAAGGACGGGCACUUCAGCCAGGAGAUCACACCCGUCACUGUCACGUCUAGGAAAGGUUCUGUUGAGGUAAAAGUUGAUGAGUACCCGAGGCCUGGCUGUGUGUUGGAAGCCAUGACCAAACUCAGACCUGCCUUUGUCAAGGAUGGGACAGGAACUGUCACUGCUGGCAAUGCCUCAGGUAUAAAUGAUGGAGCAGCUGUGGUAGUACUGAUGUCAGCAUCAGAGGCCCAGAAGAGAGGACAGACUCCCCUGGCCAGGGUAGUGUCCUGGGCACAGGCUGGGGUGGACCCUUCUAUCAUGGGCACAGGACCCAUACCAGCCAUCAGGAAAGCUUUGGAGAAAGCCAACUGGACCAAAGAUGAAGUGGACUUGUUUGAACUCAACGAAGCCUUUGCUGCUCAGUCUUUAGCUGUUGUCAAAGAUUUUGGCUUGGAUGCAAGCAAGGUGAAUGUGAAUGGAGGAGCCAUAGCCAUUGGCCAUCCCAUUGGUGCAUCUGGCUCCAGGAUCCUGGUCACGCUGCUAUACGCCUUACAGAGGACAGGGGGCCGCAGGGGCGUGGCAGCUCUGUGUGUGGGAGGGGGCAUGGGGGUAGCCAUGUGUGUGGAGAGGCCUUAGAUACCAAGGAAGCUAGGGUAGGUCCUUGGAUAUACUGAUAAAAAAAAGAGGACCAAGAAGAGUUGUACAAACUAUCUAUGAUUUGCCACAUAUCUUUUUAAUUAAGAUUAUUACAUGAUGUUGAUUUUAAAGAAUCACACAGUAGAUUUUCUGGUAGAAGAUACCAUCGACUCUGGGGAUUUUGAAAAAAUUCUGGCGACAGUUCUUGUUUCUCCUAUCACAUUGGAGAUUGGUGACCAGCAAAUGUCAGCCAAUCUCUAAAAAUCAUGCAGUGAUCUAGAAGAUAACAGUAGUAUAGCUUUAGAGCUUGCAGACUCAUUGGGCAAGCUGUUUUUCUGCUCAGUGUAACAUCAAUGAAAAUAUUGCAGCCAGAACUUAAUUCUGUAGUGUUGGGUCAAUAACUGUCAAUGCUAACUUAAUCAGCAAUGGAAAAUUCCAAGCCAGAACUGACAACUGUUACCAUACAUGGUGGCUAGGCUUCGGAUGAAUAAUUUAUCAGACAUUGUUGUUAAUUGGUUAGGAUCGAUACAGAUUGAUAUUUGUUUUUUAAAAUUGUUUGGCUUGGGGCAUCAUAAAGGCAGCUAUGUAAGUCAUAUACCAUGUAUAUUACGCUAAGACUUAUAUAGUAGACUUUCAGUAGAUUUAAUAAAAUUAACAUAUGCUAUGUAUGACAGAAAGGGUUUUAAUGAAUAGUAAUUGUCCAUAGUAAUAAUCAAUUGAGGGAAUAUUAUAAAGUGAUGAUAGAAGAUUAAUAAUUCAGCAUAUACUGUCAUUUGCAAUUGUUGGUUUAUGAUUAAUAUCAAUAAAUUCAGUUUUCCUUA